UUCUAUCCUGGUGGCUCCCCGAAUUCCAGUCCCCGCCCACGCGAGUGAGUUUUGUGGACGUCUCGCGGACGCAAAGACUUGGGUCGUCGGGCACCUUACAACUUCAUGAGACUGAGACAUUAUUCCGGGAUGAUUGAGACCAUGUCACGACGUUGAAACAAUAUCACGACCUUGAGAGCUUUGAGUAAACUCCUUGAUCUGGGAAAGGGAAUUUCGUCGUUCAGAUUCGUGUUCGUGGCUGCUCCCACGUACGACGCAUAGCUCGAGGGGACGCUCUGUCUCUCGCGUUCACAUCAUCGGCUUCACUUUUCAGCACUUGUCAAAAGCUACGUACGAGUCGCCGCCCCACAGCAGGCACUUACUUCCUCAAGCUCGUCAUGAACGUCGACAAGAAGGGACUCUACAACCUGGUGGGUGGGCCGCCGUCUACCACGACCUCCGCUACAGCCGGUAGCAGCAGCACGAUACCGACGUCCUUGCGCAGCGCGCCCCCGCCGGUGCCAGACACGCUCAUCGCCUUCCCGCGGCCGCACGUGCUGCUCGUAACGCUCAACCGCCCCGCGCAUCUCAACGCCGUGACGCGCGCGCAGCACGCGGCCCUGCACCGGCUGUGGACGUGGUUCGACGCGGAGCCGUGGCUGCGGUGCGCCGUGGUGACGGGCGGGGGCGGGGCGCGGGCCUUUUCGGCCGGGGCGGACCUCAAGGAGUGGGACGGGCACUUGAGCUCUGGAGAAGGAGGAGGGCAAGUGAGGAGGGAAGGAGGAGAGAAGACGAAGGAGGAGGAGGAGGAGAAACCCGGGGAGGAUCAUCGCGCGGCCAGCGGUGGGUCGCGUCGCCGUAGCGAUGACGACGAUGACGAAGAUGACCACGGCGGGUUCGGCGGGCUGAGCAACCGCAAGGGCAAGAAGCCGGUGCUGGCGGCGGUCAACGGGCUGUGCCUGGGCGGGGCCAUGGAGAUGGUGCUCAACGCCGACAUGGUGCUGGCGCGCGAGGGCGCGACGUUUGGGCUGCCCGAGGUGAGGGUCGGGGUGGUGGCGGUGGCCGGGGCGCUGCCGCGGCUGGUGCGGACGGCGGGCAGGCAGAGGGCGGCGGAGAUGGCGCUGCUGGGGGGGACGGACUAUACGGCCGAGGAGAUGCGGGCGUGGGGGAUCGUAAACCGCGUGGUGAGGGCGGCCCCAUCAUCGUCGUCGUCGUCAUCGACAUCACCGUCAUCGUCACCUUCCACUCGCGAGGACUCUACACAGUCAGCGACGACGGAGAAGAAGAAUAAGAGGGAGAAGAGAGGGUUCACGGAGCAGGAGCAGCAGAAACGGCAGAAGCAGCGAGAAGAAAAGGAGGCCGAGGCGGCGGCACGGGCCACCGUCGACGAGGCGCUGCGCUGGGCGGGCAUCUUGGCGGCCGAGUGCAGCCCGGACUCGGUCAUCGUGAGCCGCGAGGGCCUGCUGGGCGGCUGGGAGGCCGAGGACCCGCAGGCGAGCACGCGGAGGGUCGCGGGGGCGGGCGGCCCGUACCGGCGCAUGGACGGCGGGGACAACAUGCGCGAGGGGGUGCGUGCGUUUGUCGAGAAGAGGAAGCCUGCGUGGCAGGACAGCAAACUGUAAUAGGU